GUAAUGGAACGUCACGGUUUUGUAUAAUGGAGCUAGAGCAAGCGAUCGACAAGGCUGUUGAAGCAGUUGGUUUGCAGUCACUCAAGCCUCUACAGCGCCAUGUAAUAAGCUCGUUUGUGACUGGAAACGACGUUUUUGUGAGUCUUCCUACCGGUUUUGGCAAGUCAUACUUCCUUCGUUGCUGAAAUGAUGUCAAACAGUGCACUGUACGAUAGCCCUUGCAGGGGUCAACGAGCUUUUGAGUCAAGCAGGCUUGCUCCGCAGGCUCUGCAAGUACCGUCCAUCAAAGAAGCGAAGGUUCAAAUGUUCAAAGGUUUUAAUGCACUGCAAGCCAAACAAGAAUAGGCACGGCAUGUUUUACAAAAAAUAAAGUUACUUGUAAUGUCUAGCAUACAUGAAAAUAUCAGAAGUAGCGGACGAAAGAGAGUUGAUAAUCUGGUCUGGGUCUGAGAGAGGCGUGUGAGAGAGAGUAUAGUGAUGAAAGUAAGAAACAUCCAUUGUGGCACCACAGAGAUGGCAGAUGCCUGGCUGAAACUGUGGCCUGGUCAAUUCGCGAUAAAGGGCCUGUAGAGAGUCAGUACCACGAGGUCCGUAAUCAAGUGCCAUGUCCCACAGCUUCAUCCAAGAUGUAUCAGCAGCUAUUCCUGAUGCAAUCGCUGUACUGUUGUGACGGCUGGCCUCGGUGGUGCAGGCCUCCCAGUCUGCCUGUAAUACUUCUCGCUUUAAUUCUCUUAGAGUUGACUGGGCACUGAGCAUGGCAUCGGUAGAGCCCUGACAGGAGAGCUUACCCUCCAUAGCUCUACAUUCCUGCACGAGCCUGAGAGAAUCUUGUGGUGAGCUUGAAAAUAUUUGGCUCCCAAUGCUAUUUCCGUCGUCAGACACCUUUGAUAGAAGACUCAGUUUACGAACAAACAUUCUUGCUGUUACUGAGGGCCACCUGAGAGCCAAACGAGUAGAAAGUGUAGAGUGAUACUUCGACAGUUUCAAUAUGCGACGACCAAUUUCCCCCUGAAAUGAUUCCAGCUGAUGCAGCAUCGAAUCUGUCAGCAUCCAGUUCUCACAGCCGAACAGCAGCACAGGAACCACACAGGCCUCAUAGAUGCUUCUCGCUGAUAAUGGAUUCCUUCAUUUCGUGUGCGCACACGCGUUAGUAUUAUGAUAUUCAUCGCAGUUGGGUGUAACCGCAACCACUCGAGAUAAGUGGUUACUGAAAUUCCUUGGCCCGUGGAGAGGCAUAGUUAUUGACCAGACCCUUCUCCCGCUCUCGCGCAUGCGUUUACGGGCACCAGACUAAGCUGCAACAUGCUGAAUCUAGUGUUGAGCUAAGUAGUGCCAGAGGUUCUUCUAGUGCAUUAGAUGCUGAAGGUAAUCAUUAUUGCCUUUCAUGAAUCGUGGGAUUGUGAGCCAUCACCCUGUGUUGUGUGAUAAUGUUAUCUCCUCAGAGAGCACAUACAGCUCUCCAUGAGACCUGUCAGGAAGGCCACACCCACCUCUCCCUCCUCCUCAUUUCGCUGGGGGCAGACCUCCAGGCUCGCUCCAGGGAGGGCUGGACACCUCUCAUGUGUGCCUCCUCUCGAGGCCAUCUACAGCUCCUCUCCAUCCUCGCCGCUACUGGUGGAAAUGUCAAUGACCUUACCAGAACGGGCCUCACCCCACUGCACAUUGCUGCAUGGAAAGGGCACACGGCAGUGGUCCAGAAACUGCUGGGUCUUGGUUGCAACCCGGCGGCUGUGGCUCAUAGUGGGAAGACGGCCCUGCAGCUGGCCAGUGAGGAGGAGCACAGGGAGACUGUCACUGUACUCCAGGCAGCCGCUGCCAAAAUGUCACAGGAGCCAACCUACAGCAUCUCCUCUCUGGAGGGCCAGCUAAGACUGUGUCAGGAGAAACUGGCCCAGGUCCUCAGCCACCACGAGCAGGUCAUUGCUGCUGAACUCCACCUCAGGGAUGAGAAGGAGAUGAAGCUAAAGACUGAACUGGAACAAGAGAGAGCCAAAGUGGCCAGGUUGGAGGCUCAGGUUGGACCAGAGAACAGAGGCAGUGGUGAAACCACAGCCCAGUCAGCUGACUUUAAUGGGAGAGAGAGCGACGAGGAAUAUUUCUUUCGUGCACCCAAUCAAGAGGCCAUCAAGCUGGGGACCCCCAUCGUUAAAAGUGCAUCAUCUUCUGACAUUUUUGCCAGCAGCAGUCGCCCCUCACCCUUCAUCAGUCUCCCUCACUCCUCCUCCCACAACUCCAGUGAGAGAUGCAGCAUCACCGACAUGGUGACAGAGUGCAUGAGGAACCCUUCCUCCAUGGCCAGCAUUCGCAGCAACCUCAAGGCAGACAACCUGACUCCUCGUAUCCAGAGAAAGUUCCGUUACAAGACCACAUCAGCAACUCUACCUGCAGUAGGCAGUGUCCCCUCCCCACUCACUAAGGAUGGAGCCAGAGCUGCUACUGACACUGGUUACCUUCCAACCACUUCUAGAGCUCCCCCCAAGCCUUAGUUUUGACCCUUAAUUUAUAAUAAUAUUUGCCAUCCAUUGUAAAGCUGCCAAUAAUUCCAACUGC